AUGGCAAAAACUUUAAUUCUUCUUCUUCUUCGUACAACCUCCGUCAAAAAUGACGAUUACGAUGAUGCUAUCGUCGGCAAAGAGUCUGAGAGUGCUGUGUUUGAUGUAGUCUGUUACUUCCCCACAAUGAAGAUGAACAGUAGGUUUACCGGAGAUGUUGACGAUAUGUACAAUGUUCACGGUCACGCUGGCAAUCUUUGUCGGGAGGCAGUUUUAGAAGGUCUAGGAAGAAUAGUUAAUUCCAGGUUAGAAAACAUGGCCACAGAACCAGUAACAAUAGCAGAUUUCGGAACAGCAGAUGGACGCGCCUCUCUUUCUCUCAUCAAUGAAAUAAUAGAGUUCAUACAAAAAGAGCUUGGACAGAAACAAGCCGUCGUCGUCUACUAUAACGAUCAACCUAUGGAUGAUUUCAACCUCCUCAGCAAAGUGAUUUCAGGUUACACACAGAACCCUGGACUAACUUUCAUUGGAAACGUCUACCCAGUAAUGAUACCGAGGACUAUGUAUGAACAGUGUCUCCCUGAUAAUUCCAUCGACUUGGCAAUAUCCACUGUAGCUACACAUUACUUAUCUAAACAAGUAUGCAAAAUUAAAAACGGCGUGUUCAUGGAAGAGGCGGACGACGAAGAGCAAGAACGGAUGAGAGAACAGGGGAAAGCCGACUGGAGGGAUUUUGUGAUAUCAAGGGGACGUGAAUUGAAACCAGGAGGCUUUCUAGUCACAAUGAACACAUCGUCAUGCGAUAAUGAGGUGUCUGCGGCUUUCGAAAACGGAAAUCGCCCUUUGGGAAGUAUCUUGUCGGAUAUGGCCACAGAAGGAAUAAUCACACAGGAUGAAUAUUUGGCAACAAAUUACAAUGCGCACUGUUGGCGACAGACGGAGGAUUUCCAGGAGCCGUUCGCUAGUGCUGUACCGGAAAUAGAGGAACUUGGACUGGAAUUAGUGUCAGUGAGAUUAAUCAAACGGUGUCAACAACAUCCGAUAUUCGAUAUUGUCAACAAAGAUUUUACGGACAAGCUGAAAUUUUCCCAAAGGAUAGUUGCUAUGGUCUACCCGUGGUUUCAUCAUGUGAUUUACAGAGGAUUGGCAGAUUCUCGAACUGAGGACGAGAAGGAGAUGAUUACUGACCAAUAUUUCCAGAGAAUGCAGAAAUAUGCGUUUGAACAUUCUGACUUCAAACCGUAUUUAAUCUUUACAGAAGUUGUAAUCAAAAGGAACAUGUAA